UCGAAGGAUACGCACGGCUCUGGCGGACGACGAAAGUUGGAUUGAAAAUGCAUCGGGACUGAGUGCGAUUGUGAGUGAGCGCGCGUGUGGUGAAUUUCCGCCGAAGAGAGUCCGGAAGAGAGCUGCAAGUGUCCCUAUCGGUUCAAAUUUUAAAAUUCUAGUAAGAGCGCCCAACUUGGCCGAGAAUUCGUGUGGCGGCGCAGUACAAGUCGAGUCCUUGCUGGCAGUCGGUUGUGUCCUGGCCAGGAGAGCUUUUUUCGCUUAGGAGUGUAGUGUGCCGGCUCCGGGCCAUGCAGUCCCUCAAAACAUAACAAAACACAACAACAAAACACCACAUCAUCAAAUCACCCAAUCACCGAAGUGAAAACAAAAUCAAAAAGAUUAUACAAAUGUGCCAAAGAAUGAGAGGAGAAGAGCCUAGAGUGUCUGAAAUGUAAAACCGCUCAAAAGUGAAAGCCAAAAUCAAAAUUGUACAAGUCACUGCCCACGGAAAUUCCUGAAAAAAAAGCUCAGCUCAAAACCCAGCAAACAAAAAAAUAAAAUCCAACAAAUUCAAAUUCAAAUCAGAAUCAAAACAGAAGCCGGAAAACAUGUGGAUUAGUAGCCGCUUUUUUGUGAUUUUCCUGCUGCUCCAUCUCGAUACCACCUGCAGUGAACCGUUUGAAGCCCACCUGCGCGGACCCGGAUUUGUGAUGGAGCCGCCGGGGCGGGUGGAGUUCUCGAACUCCUCGGGCGGCUGGCUGGACUGCUCGGCGUCCGGAAGUCCGCAGCCGACGGUCGAUUGGGUGCACGCGGACGGAUCGGCGGUGACCGAGAUCCACGGCGUACGGCGGGUGCUGCGGAACGGAACGCUCGUCCUGAUGCCAUUCGCGGCAGCCGCCUACCACCAGGAUGUGCACAACACGAUCUACCGCUGCAUCGCCAGCAAUUCGGUGGGUCGCAUUGUUUCGCGGGACGUGCAAGUGAGGGCAGUCGUCGCCCAGGCCUACAAAGUGGAUGUGGAGGUGCUAUCUGCGUCCCGGGGCUGCACCGCCAUCCUGCGCUGCGUGGUGCCCACGUUCGUCAAGGAAUUGGUACGAGUGGUCUCGUGGGUUCAUGAACCCGCUAUCUACAUCUAUCCCUCGUUGCAAGGCGAUGGCAAAUUUCAUUUGCUGCCCACCGGUGAGCUGCUCAUCCACAAUCUGCAGGAGAGCGACGAGUCGCAGUCCUUCCGCUGCCGCAGCAUGCACCGACUCACCCGUCAGGUGGUCGUCAGUUCGCCCACCCGACUGCGUAUUAAUUCGCAUCGCGGCAUCAUUUCGCCGAGCGUUGUGGAGCACACGGCUCAUGUGCAGGUGUCGCAGGACGAGGGCGCAGUGCUGCUGUGCGUCGCCCAGGGAUGUCCUUCGCCCGAAUACAGCUGGUACACCCACAAUGGAGCAGGACCACUGCCCGUGCUGAGUGGUCCCCGUGUCCGGCUGCUGGGCCCCAUCCUGGCCAUCGAGGCCGUGACCGGCGAGGAUUCCGGAGUCUACAAGUGCACGGCCGGCAAUGUGGGCGGCGAGGCUAGUGCCGAGCUCCGUCUGACAGUGGCCACUCCCAUCCAAGUGGAAAUCUCGCCGAAUGUCCUCAGCGUUCACAUGGGCGGCACCGCGGAGUUCCGCUGCCUGGUCACCAGCAACGGCAGCCCGGUGGGCAUGCAAAACAUCCUGUGGUACAAGGACGGGCGCCAGUUACCCUCCUCGGGACGAGUGGAGGACACGCUGGUGGUGCCGCGAGUGAGUCGGGAAAACCGAGGCAUGUACCAGUGCGUGGUGCGACGGCCCGAGGGCGAUACGUUCCAGGCCACCGCCGAGCUCCAGCUGGGAGAUGCGCCGCCCGUUUUGCUGUACAGCUUCAUCGAGCAGACCCUGCAGCCAGGACCAGCUGUGAGCCUCAAGUGCUCCGCUGCCGGCAAUCCUACGCCGCAGAUUUCAUGGACACUGGACGGAUUUCCGCUGCCAUCAAACGGAAGAUUUAUGAUCGGACAAUACAUCACCGUGCAUGGCGAUGUAAUUAGUCAUGUUAACAUAAGCCACGUCAUGGUCGAGGAUGGCGGCGAAUAUGCCUGCAACGCCGAAAAUCGCGCGGGACGAGUGCAGCAUGCGGCCCGCUUGAAUAUUUAUGGUCUUCCAUACAUUCGACUGAUUCCGAAGGUAACCGCCGUCUCCGGCGAGACAUUGAAUCUGAAGUGUCCGGUGGCCGGGUAUCCCAUCGAGGAGAUCCACUGGGAACGGGGCGGCCGGGAACUGCCGGAUGACAUACGGCAGCGUGUCCAGCCGGACGGCUCGCUGACCAUCAGCCCCGUGCAGAAGAACUCCGAUUCCGGCGUGUAUACGUGCUGGGCGCGGAACAAACAGGGUCACAGUGCCCGUCGGAGUGGCGAGGUGACGGUCAUAGUGCCGCCGAAGCUCAGUCCCUUCCAAACGAACAUCCUGCAGCUGAACAUGGGCGAUCGGGCCUCGCUCACCUGCUCGGUGGUGAAGGGCGAUCUGCCGUUGAGCAUCAACUGGCGCAAGGAUGGACGGCCCAUCGAUCCCACCCAACACAUGUCCGUGAAGCAGGUGGACCAGUACAACAGCAUCCUGGUCAUCGAGAACCUGGGCAGCGACCACACCGGCAACUACUCCUGUGUGGUGCGCAACUCCGCCGCCGAGGUGGAGAACUCACAGGCCCUGCUGGUCAAUGUGCCGCCACGCUGGAUUGUCGAGCCCGUGGACGCGAAUGUGGAGCGCAAUCGCCACAUCAUGCUGCAUUGCCAGGCUCAGGGAGUUCCCACACCGAGUAUAGUGUGGAAAAAGGCUACAGGCAGCAAAUCGGGCGAAUACGAGGAGGUUCGUGAGCGGCCCUUCACCAAACUGCUGGGCAAUGGGUCCCUGCUCCUGCAGCACGUUAAGGAGGACCGCGAGGGCUUCUAUCUGUGCCAGGCCAACAAUGGCAUCGGCACCGGCAUCGGAAAGGUCAUCCAGCUGAAAGUGAACUCCUCGCCGUACUUUUCCUCGACUUCCCGCUCGGUGAUGGUGAAAAAGGGCGACACGGCGCUGCUGCAGUGCGCCGUGAGUGGGGACAAGCCGAUUAACAUUGUUUGGAUGCGCUCGGGCAAGAACACGCUGAACCCAUCAACCAAUUACAAAAUCUCGGUGAAACAGGAGGCCACGCCGGACGGAGUAUCCGCCGAGUUGCAAAUCCGCACUGUGGACGCCACCGACAGUGGACCGUACUUCUGCCGGGCCAGCAAUCUGUAUGGAAACGAUCAGCAGCUGGUCCAACUGCAGGUCCAGGAGCCUCCACUGCCGCCCAGUGUCCUGGAGGCGGCCAUGAUCAGCAGUCGGUCGGUGAAUCUCAAGUGGCAGCCCAAGUCCCUGGGCACCGGCGAUGUGACCAAGUAUCUGGUGGAGUUUCGCGAGGCAGAUCGUUCUCUCCCGCCAGCCUUGUUCGUGGAGCAGUGGCAGCAGAUCGAGGUCAAGGAUCCCCCGCAUUUCAAUGCCCUGAUCGAGAAUCUCAAGCCGGCCACGCGCUACGCUUUCCGGGUGAUUGCCGAGGGCUCGGCCGGACGGAGUGCACCCAGCCAGGAGCUGAUCGUGCGCACGGAGCCUCAGCGACCCGCAGGACCUCCCCUGAGUUUGUCCGCCCGGCCAUUGUCCUCCACCGAGCUGCUCAUCAGUUGGGUGGCUCCGUUGCCCGAACUCCGACAUGGCGACAUCCAGGGCUACAAUGUGGGCUACAAGCUGUCCAGCUCGGGCAACACGGUCUACAACUUCACCUCCAUUUCCGGCGACGGGGAUGGUGGCAAUGGAGAGUUACUGCUCAGCGGACUGGCCAAAUUCGCCCGAUAUACUGUCGUAGUGCAGGCCUUCAAUCAGGUGGGACCAGGCCCGCUUUCGGAACCCACCGCCGCCCAGACUAUGGAAGAUGUUCCCAGUCGCCCGCCGGAGGAUGUGCGGUGUGCCGCCUUAUCCUCCCAAUCACUGCAGGUGUCCUGGCAACCGCCGCCAAUCUACCACACUAAUGGCCUGCUGCAGGGAUACAAGCUGAUAUUCGAGCCCAUUAUCGACGACAUCCAGCCGAGCAAGGACGAGGUGGAGUCCCGGAAGACCACAGCACUCACAAUGGUGCUGACGGGUCUGCGAAAGUAUACGAAUUAUAGCAUCCAGGUGUUGGCCCACACGCGAAUGGGCGAUGGAGCAGUGUCGAAGCCAUUGUUUUGCCACAGCGAAGAGGAUGUGCCCGAGGCUCCGGCGGAUAUCAAGGUGGUUUCCAGCUCAUCGCAGUCGUUGUAUAUCUCGUGGUUGGCACCCACUGAGCCCAACGGAGUGAUUACCAAGUACAGUCUGUACACGCGCGUGGUGAACGGGCGCGAGGAGCUGAACAAUGAGAAGCGCAGUCUUCCAUCGCAGCAGGCUUACUACGAAGCCAAGGGUCUGCAUCCCCAUAUGGAGUACCAGUUCUGGGUGACGGCCAGCACGCGAGUGGGCGAGGGCAAGAGUUCGCGGGUCUCCUCACAGAUCACCACGAACCGUGUGCCUGCGAGGAUCAUAUCCUUCGGAGGUCCUGUGGUCCGACCCUGGAGAUCCACCGUGACCCUGCCAUGCACCGCGGUGGGAAAACCCAAGAGGGAGUGGUUCAAGGGCGAUGUGGCUCUGCGCCAAGGUGGUCUGCACAACUCGCAAAUGCUGGACAGCGGGGACCUGAUCAUCUCCAGCCUGCAACUGGCGGAUGGGGGAAACUACAGCUGCCAGGUGGACAAUGGCAUUGGCACCGAUCGACUGACUCACACGCUCCUGGUCCAAGUGCCGCCCACAUCGCCCACACUAUAUGUGACCAGUGCCACCUCGAGCAGCAUUCUGAUGCACUGGAAGUGUGGAUUCACGGGCAAUGCCCCCAUCACCGGUUACACGCUCUUCUACCGGCGUACUAAUGGAAACACGGACGAAAUGCAGCUGUCGCGACAUGCCUCAAGCCAUGAACUCAAGGGCCUGGUCUGUGGCAGCACGUACCAGAUCCACAUGAGUGCCCAGAACAAGGUGGGCACCUCGCCCACCAGCACCACGUUACACGUGCGCACUCAGGGUCAGUCACCCGGCCAUCCCGCCUCCACCGCCCUGCUAGCCCCCAACUCGACCUCGCUCUUGGUGCGACUGCACUCCUGGCCGGACAACGGGUGUCCCCUGCUCUACUUCGUGCUGCAAUACCGGGCGGUGACCGAAGAUCCGGAUGCGGAAUGGGUGCUGGUUUCCAAUGCAUUGAAGCCCCAGCGACGCAUUAUGGUUAACAAUCUGCGACCCUCAACCCUCUACCAACUUCGCAUGGAGGCGCACAAUGUGGCCGGAAUCUCGCAGGCGGACUUCUCGUUCGUGACUUUGACUAAAGAUGGAGAUCCACCACCACCGGAAAUCAUGCAUCGUGGUCAUAGCGGUCACACCACCGUAAUCCUCGGGAACAUCAACCUACUAAUUCCAAGCGUUGCGGCAGUAUCGGGAUUGAUCUGCACCAUCAUCAUGGUCGUCGUCUGCUACAGACACAGUGAGUAUAGCAAUACAUUAUUGAUUAAAUGCAGUGAUCCAGUAAUUGAUUCAGUGCUCAAAAAUGCACAACCGCUCGCAGAGCAAGCCAACCACAUUCAAAAGGAGUCGCUGGAUAACCGCGCCAAUUCAGAAGCUGCUCAGCGGGAGCGCUACUAUGCCACUAUUCACAAGGUGUCCAUGCAGAAUAAUGAUAAGAUUCCAGAAACCUCCGAGGACAUCUCGCCGUACGCCACCUUCCAGCUGUCGGAGGCUGGGGGCAACAUGUCGCAGCCGCACCACGGCGGUCCGGCCAACACGCUGCUCCACUCGUUCAUGUACCACGAGCGGGCCCUGGCCGAGGGCUGCUCGUCGCCACCACCAGCCGCGGUACUGAACCCACCAACAACCACCACCACCCAUCACCACCACAACCACCAACGUCCACUAAAGACAAUUCAUAAUUAUUAUCAGACCUCACCGUUCCAUAAUAUCUCCAAAAACCGGAGGCGCCACUCGCGGAAGACGGAGCCGGAGAGCGAGGAGUCGGAGUCGGACCAGGACCAGCUGACCUCCAGCCGCACCGAGUCCUCCAACCAGCACGAGGGCAAGAUCAAGCACAGCAUCAUCUACCAUGGAGCACAGUCCAGCACCUCCUCCGAUCUGUCACCAAUGUCCGAACAGAAAUCAUUGCCCCGCCGCGGUCGCUCCAGGGCCGGCAUCCUGCGCACGCUGCAUCCUCUCCAGCUGCAGGCCGAGUGCACCACCGGCGCCUUCCAUCGCACCGAGGAUGGUGGACUGGGCGAACGGAUCGAGCUGGCCGAGGUGGAGGUCGAUGUGGACACGAUUAAGAAGCUGAAGCUGGGUCAGAGGUCAUCGCUCUGGUCCCGACCCUCCUCCACCACCUCCCAGCUGCAGCAGGAGCACCAGCAGCAGCAACAGCAGCAGCAACAACGUCAGCAGCAGCAACAUCACCCGCAACAGCAGCAACAGGCACCACAGCAACCACACAAACGAGCGCAUUCAAAGUCACCGCAGCCACAACAACAACAGCCACUGCAACAGCAACGCCAACAACAACAUUCACCCGCUCCUGGCCAGAAAUUGCUUAGCGAGAAAUCGGAUUAUUCGAUAUCCGUCUGAGACAUUGGUAAGAUCUGAUCGCAAGAUCAGCAGAUAGGAUGAGGCCAGGCCCCCCGAUAGCCAGAAUUAUUGAGGAAUCAGCAGUUGGGCCCUUUUUGUACAUUUUUGUAAUGCAUUUGUUACCUUACCUUACCACUGCGCCCCCAGUUCGAUCACCCCUCCAACCUUUCGGCAGAGCCCUCAACCCAGUAAAUCAAAUCCUGCCCCCCACUGAACAAAAUUAAUUACACUCAGUAACAACUUUCGGACAAUCAGUAUCAAAAUUCUGCACCAACCAUCCAAAAACCAAGCAUACCGAAUCAAGACACUUCCCAUUAUAAACUCCUGCCCGUAUUUAUAGAGGUCAUACUAUAUCUAAGUAUUAAACGAUUGUGCAUGCUAUAUACCCACGUAUACAUAUGUGAAUGAAUAUGGCAUGUGUCCAGACAGAACCCAGGUCAGUUGUCGAACUUCCAAAAAUGUUGUAUGUAUAUAUACUAACGUAGUCUCUUAAGUAUCCAUAACGACUAUUGCGUAUAUCACUCGAAACUGUAACUCAAACUACUAACUGCAAUACUAUCGCAUACUAUCGUAUCGUAUCGAAUCGAAACUCGAACUCGAACUCGAAACUGUUUUUCAUCGUAUGUAGGAAAGGGUAAUCUUCUAAGAGUGGGUGUAUCCAAUUAUUAAUGAGUAAUGAGUAAUGAGUGUUUGGCCAAUAGCUACUCCUAAAGUAGUUCUAUAAGUUUCGGUUUUAUAGUGCACCCGAGCGAUGAAACGAGGAAUUUAAUCUUGAAAUUUGAACUAAACCAAAAACUCAGAUAUAUGCUGUGUACAAAUUUAUAUGAAUGUAUAUUUAUACGUGUCCGUGUGCGUGUCUACGUUAUGAGACUGUCGUGUGCUCAUGUAUAUAGGAUAUAUACCGAUACAUACGAUCGAAGAAUACUCAUCUAGUUGUUAGCGAAUCGAAAAUCGAACACAGAAAAACCAAAACCACGUACAUUUAGAGUAUUGAGUAUGUUUUGUAAAUAAUCAAAAGUAAACCCUCAAAGGACUGACAUCAUGACUCCGCUGAGAAAACUGAAACACAGAAACCAAUUAAAGCCACAAUGAAAAUGUUAACUAAAUGUGUUCGAUAUAGCCGAUGUACACACACACACUCGAAUAUGUCGCCAGCUGAAUUUGAAUUCAAAGCAGUAUUCAUAGAUCGCAGUAACCACACAUUAGUGUUUCCAUUACAAUAAACUGUCAUUCGUCGAGUUGUAGAUAAAUGUUUUUAAAAACGAAAUAAAUAAAGGAAAGAGAAUGAAAAUAAGAAUGAAAAUGAGAUAGAGCCUGUAGGAGAAUCAAAUACAAGUCGUAAUCAAAUUUCGAAUUAUUACAAACACUCAAUCAAGCAGCAACAAGAAACGAAAGCCAAGUUAGGAGCAGACAAACAAACUACAAAUUAAUAUAACUCUUAGUUCGUAUCGAAUAAUCCAAAUAAUACGAGUACAUAGCUGUAUUUUAACUAGCCUACGAAAGCAUAAGGAAACCCAUUAAACAGUCAAAUAAAAUCGAGGAGGAUCAAAGGAUCGAACCCAUUUCGGAAACCAUGUGCCAAAAUUUGUUUUUAGACAAAGCUCUCUUAAAUUACGAUUAUACAAUAAAUAAUGCAAGCCAUGAAAAGCGAGUAAAUAGCAGCCAUGAAAUAUGAACAUACAAAUUAAAGACACAGAAUCCACAAAAUAAAGUCGCAGAUUAAGCUGUUCACUUGGGGCAAUUUAUUGGGCCCUAGCUCCAGAAUAAUUUGUUUGUGUCUCAUUUCAAAUAAAACGCAAAUUCACGAACCAGCAGCACUCUUUGUUUAUAUAGCGAUUGAGGCAUUAACGCCGCAGCGAUUUUAGUCGGUUUUUAUAUGCAUUUAUUUGUACGAAGCAAUGAAAUGGUUUAUUACAUUCAACAUCGAAUUUUACGAAUUUAUUAAAACAACAGCAAAUUGCGACUGCAAGGGGCAACCUCACAGCAAAGUCUACAAAUCAAAAGAUGAAAUUAACUUAAUAGAUCACAAUCAAAACGAGAAUAAAACCAAUUACUUAUACGAGAGGAAAAAACAAUUUUUAUGUUUAACAUAUAAUUAGCACAACAACUACAAAAUAAAAACUAUUAAUGUAAAAACAAACGGCAUUUAAAAAAUAUAAGAAAUAUUUAAAA